AUGGAUUCUCCAUUUUUCCAAUUUGGCGAUCAGAACAAUAGUGAUGUGAAACUGUACAUAUAUUACUCUGAUGGACAUCCAUACGGUGGUAAUCCCAUUUACCUGCAUUCUCAAGUUCUGAAGAAAUCAGGUUAUCUUGAAGCUAGGCUUAAAGAAAACGGGAUCAGUUUAGACAUUACUCCAGAUGGCUCUGCUCAUGCUGAGGAUUACAUCGACUGUAUUCGUCUCAUGUAUUCAUCUUACUGCCAAAGACCCCUUUCUUUUUCCAAUGUAGAUGACGCCUUACGGAUUUUACCAGUUGCUUCCGAAUUGCUGUUUGAAGAGGGAAUUCAAGCUUGCAUGGAAUAUUUGGAAGCAGUUUGUUGGACUCCCCAACAAAAGCUAAGGAUCCGAAAUCUUCUAUCAUCUUUGCAGCUAAAUAUUUCAACUGAUUUAGCUGAAAGGCUUAAAAUAUCUAAAGCCUUUUUUCAUGAAGAACUAGAAGUCUUAAAAAGCCUCUUGCUUUUUGACAUUCUUAAUGACCGCUUUGUUAUGCACGGCGUGCCUGUGCAACACGUGCAAGAUACAUUGAAGCAACAGAUAGUUGCAUACUUUGAGGAAGAUAUACAUCCCGCUAUUCAAAAAAUAUGCAGAGAUGCUCUUUUAGACGUAUUUACAAUGAGAAUUGGUGGUUUUAAGUUUGAAUCUGUAUCUACCGAGCUAAGGGAUUCUGCUUGUGAAUCUCUCUUGUGGUUUUUGGACUUGAUUAAGCUCUGUAAAAGAGAUGUAUUUGAAGCUGCAUUCACAAUUUUUGUUGAAGAUGAAGAAAUUGCUGACAUAUUAGCAAAACCCCAUAUAAGCUGGACACCUAAUGCUGCUAUAUUUGGAGUAAGGAGUAGGGCAAAUCAGUCGGUCAAAUUCGGACAAAUAAAUAAUGAUCAUAUCUUUUCUGAUUCAGAUAGGUCAUAUUCGAGCCGUGUGCUGGAAAUUUUAGUCCACAGGUUUCUGGGCGCUGUGGCAAAUGGAGAUAUAGUUAUUCCCAAACCUGCACGUGUUUCAUUUCUGAUGAAGUGGGUGCCAAUCAUGGCAUACCUUAUCUGCACGUUUUUCCGUGUACACAAUCUUAUUUCUGAAAGUGAUUCGCCUGAGUCUUCCCUUAGUCCUACUCGAGGUUUGAAAUUCUCCGAGAUGUUUAAAGGAGGAGUGACUAAAAUAUUAGCAAGCCUUCCUCCCAGUGAUCAGAAGCAGAUUUUUAACUCUUUUGCCGAUACUGCUAAAAACUUUCAAAAUUGGGAGGGAGGAAUCUUCGAUUGGUGGACUAAGGUGAUAUGGAUGGCAGUCAUGGCUGCGAAUGGCAGCCACCUUCAGAUGGAGUGA